AUGAACAUCGAGGAAGAGGAAAUUCCUUUGACAAUAUACAAGGCAAUUAAUGACGAAGUGGCAGAAAAACAAGACAAACUAGAGAAACAAAUAGAGCAAAUGGGAAAAAUAUUAACGGAACUGUUGGAAAAUGGUCAGGCUGCAAUCGCAAAAAAAAAGCAACA